AUGGCAUCUGGACAUGCAUCGGCCUUAUCAAUUAUAUCUUGGGAAGGAUACCUGUCGGCCAUGUUUGGCAACACGCUCAUCGCCGUAAACGUGCAGCUCGUGGGUAUUCUUAACAACUUCCUUAUCUUGACUCAGGUAGCAUUAGCUGGUUUCAUGCCCCUGGCAAUCUUCCUCCUAGCAGCUGCCUUCACAGCCAUUUCAACUGGAAUGAGCUUAACACGGGUACACAAGCUCAGCGGCACGUCGCAAGGCCAAGACGAGAAAUUUGGCACCUGGCAGAUGUGGCAGCUAGGCUCAGGCUUGGUGGGCAUUGCAGUUGUACCACAGGUUCUAUACAACACCGUGGCCCCAGCGGCAUCGAGCCUCCUGCCUUUCUUCUGCACCUUCCUCGUGCUUGGCGGAAUUCUCAUCGGUGUCAAG